AGAAAUUGAGCACCACUUUCUGUACAUAUUUCUCUCACUAGAAAAUGUGUAGUUUGAGCACCUUUUUAUCAUACACCAUGUAUUAUAAAAUUUAUGUAACUUCAUUUCAAUGAGAAAUAUUUUUUAAUAAUAACUUUAUAAAUAAAAAGAUACGAGUAUGGGUUCUGGUCAAAGUGCUAGAAAGUUGACGAUUAACAAUGAAGAAGGAGUUAUUCAAAUUUCCAAGGAUCUUGUGCAAAGACUGACUCAAAAUAGUCAACAGGCAGCUAGUUCAAGAACUGAUCCGUCACCUACUGGUGAAACUCAAGAAAAAGUAUCAACUAAACCAAUAGAACCUCAUCAAAAACCAUUACCACAGCCCGCAAUAUCACCUCAAGUUAGUUCUGCUGGUUUAGGACACCCUGGUUAUUCAGUUCCAGAAUAUACCAUUACUGCUUAUAAAUUACUACAACAACAAGAAAAAGAACUUCAAAAUCAAGAACAAUAUUGGCAGCAACGUCUUGCUAAACUACAAAUGGAUAAUGAGAGAAUAAAUAAAAUCUUCCAGGAUGAGUACAACAGAGCUGUUAAUGAUAUUAUGACUGCCCCUGGUCAAAAGAAUAUCAAUAUUGACACAGCAGUUCCACCAUGUAUUACAGAAAGGGAAAAAAUUAUUAAAUGUUACCAAACGAAUCCAAAAGAAAUAUUAAAGUGUGCAAAUGUAGUCCAAGAGUUCAGCAAUUGUGUGGAUCAACAUCGAACACAAAUAAUUUCUACUCAGUGCUAAUACAUGAGAGUAAUGACUCAUAAUACUGUCAAAACUGGCUGUUUUCUGAUAAAAAUAAUAACUAGUUUCCAAUAAUGUAUAAUGUGUUUAAUAGAGAAUAUUUAACAAAUG